AUGGAUUCAAGCUUUACGAACAAGGUAUUUGUGGAUGAUCCUAACUCUCUGUUGCAUCGACCCACGCGUGGUCGGUGCAAUGGAGUGCUCACAAUGAUCCGCUCCGACUUCCCUGGAUUUGAUACAGCCAUGAUAGUUCCCUCUGUCGCGGUCCCGGGUCGCUAUCUCGUCGUGAAGUUAAUGGUCGAGGACUCUCCUGUUUACAUCCACAAUGUGUACGCCCCUGUUGAUCGCCGCGAGAAGCAUCAAUUCUUCUCACAAUUGGACACGGCGGAGUUUGAGGAACACGCGACGCACUUGGUGCUGGGAGACCUCAAUACGCCGCUCGAUCCUCGUCUCGACUCUUGUUCAUCCGACCGACGUCAUGACCCUGGACGGUUAAGCUGUCUCGAGUGGCUGUCACAGCUCGGGGUUGUUGACGCCUGGUGGAUACAUCAUGACACCAAGCGCGUCUUCACUGAUCCCCUACCCCGGAGAAAUCGAUUGGACUACAUUUUACUAUCGGACGACUUCUGCACGCGCUUCUACGGUGACUCCAAGUACUUCCUACCCCAGCAUGCGGGUGAUCAUCUCGCCCACAGUUUGCUCUUGCAUUCAGGGGAGCAGCUACACGGCCACGGUUACUGGAAGUUACCGCGUUAUUUACUGGAGUAUCCAGUUGUUGUACAGGCCAUCGAGCGCGAGGCUGACAUGGUCCUUGAGCAAUUGCGUAUCGCUACUAACCCGGGCAAGGUCUGGGAGAAAUGGAAGGUCCGCAUCAAGCGUCAACUACAAGAUGUUCAAGCGAAGAUCCGGCAGCAGAACUCGCAAGCAGUACUGGAAGCUCGAAGUCAGCUUGACCGGGCCGCGUCCGUAUACCGUGUGUCUGCAGCCGUCUCCGACCGCGAAAUCUUUAAUGAGGCACUCCGAAAUUACAAGGGUAUCGUAACUUGGGAGAGCCGGCACAAUCAAGACAAGUCGUUUGACUUUCAAGUGGCAAACUCUGAGAAGUCUACUCGCCAUUUCUUUCGUCCGGUCGACACGACCUUGCGGCGAGUCUCCAUCGAAGAAGUGGACACACCAGGCGGAGGUGUCUCCAAGAACCCGCUCGAGAUCUCUCUCCGUUUUCUCGAGCACUGGGGAUCAAUGAUGGGAGACCCAUGCAGCCCGACCGGUACAGCCCCUCCUCCUGACGACGUGAUGCAGCAAAAGCUGCUCAACUCGAUCACCCGCGUUGUUUCCGAUGUUGAUCAUGCCAUUCUCAAUGCUCCGGUCACACCUACGGACCUGGCGGCAGCGAUUCGCCACAUGAAGCCCACGUCAGCGCCGGGUAUGGAUGGGCUGACGGCUGGAUUUUACCAGGUGGCUCCGGAUGUGUUCGUCGCGUGCUUAAGCCUUGUGUUUAACAAUCGCCUACUACAUGGUACACUGCUUCCAUCGCAGCGCAAAUCAGCGGUAGUCCUACUACACAAGAACGGAUCCCGUGCUUCCCCUGGAAACUACCGACCCAUCUCACUCGUGCAGGUUGACGUGAAGGUGCUUUCCAAAGCUUUAACGUACCGGCUGCAGCACGUCAUUGUGGACCUGAUUCAUCCUGAUCAAAAGGGAUUUGUCAAGAGCCGUUCGAUACACCAUCAUGUUCGGUUUCUUGCGGAUCUACAAAAUCUCGUGACGGCAAUGGAUGACGACGCGAACGCUUUAUUUUUGGAUUUUGAAAAAGCAUUUGAUCGCGUAGACUGGACGUACAUGUUUCGACUGCUCGAGCGCAUGGGACUCGGCGCAGAGUUUCUCCAGUGGAUUCACCUACUGUAUCAUAAACCGCAAGCUCACCUAGUGAUCAACCAGAACAUCCAGCCAGCGCUUUUUCCGACGAGGGGCGUCAAGCAGGGGGACCCACUGUCGGCGCUGCUCUUUGUACUGACGAUUGAACCACUAGGAAACCUUCUCCGGUCUCAUGAAGAAUAUGGCGUGUGUGUGAGCGCGGAUCACACCUGCACCAGCACGUUCUUUGCGGAUGACUCGACACUUCUGGGAAGCUCAAUCACGAACAUACAAGCGCAGCUUGAGCUUGUGGAUGAGUACUGCCGUGGAUCUGGUGCAAACCUUAAUUUAUCGAAGUCUGUCUUGUUGGCGCUUAAUAGGAAUCACGACUGUCCGAUCCUUCCAGGAGUGAAAGUGCUCGGUCGCAUGGAGUCGGUGAAGUAUCUCGGAAUCUUGGUCAGCCAGUCGUGUGUUAAUGAUGAAACUGUGGAGUUCCUUGAUCAGCGCUUUUACGAUGGAUUUAAGGCUUGGUACCGGCGUGCAAGAACGCUUCGUGGCAGGCUUUUGAUAGCUCAAACUAUGGUCCUCUCUCGAUUAUGGCACUAUGCACAACAUGCGUCGAUUUCCGCAGCAGUGGUAAAGAGGUGGCAGUCAAUGUUGAACAAGUUUGUACUGAGUCGUAAGCAUGACCGUCACGCUUCAUCCGUGCGGCUCAUUUCACAGGAAUUCUUAUACAUGCGACGAAGCGAAGGGGGUCUAGGCAUCCCAAACCUCAAGGCGCUGCUCAAACGUCAGCGUCUCCAAUUAUUGCUGCAGUUCAUCACUGCCGCUACUGCCAAAGGUGAGCGUAACUGGACCACUUCAGGCUCUGAGGUCCUCAUGUUAAUUCUUCCUCGCACUGGCAACCGCCACGCACUCGACUUCCUCACCAUCUCCCCACUACGUCACGGUGAGAUGAUCAACUGGCGACUGACUUCACAUUGGUGGCGUGUGACGUGGACUUGGUGGUACAAGAUCCGCUGGGACAUCACGCAACGCGAUUUACCUUCCGGCGAUCGCGUUUUAUAUAACCUUCACCAGCCGAUCUGGUAUCAUUCGGACCCAGAUCUGCACUUUGAACGGGCAACACGGAGUUGUACCAGACAAGCGCAUCGCCGCUGCAUUGGGAUGGUCCCGGAACCCCAGCGGAGCUUUCGCCUACAUAUCGCCAGAGUCUUCCGCAUCCGAUCGCUCUCCGACUUUGUGCGAAGUGGAUAUUCCUGGCCGUCUCAGACAGACUUUGUUUCGCGUCUUAUGGACUUCACGCUACUGUCCACAGCCCCUGGUCUCCAAAUCAAGUGGUUGCGCGUGCUUUACAAGGAGACGACACAGAUUGUUGAACGUCUGAAUGCACGUUCGAUCGUAUGGCCCGCUUCGCCUCCUUUAACUCAAGUGGCUCCCUACUUGGGCUGCACGAUUGGUACAAAGACAUUUCUGGUCCCUGCAAUUCCGCGGACCGCGCUUCUCGGUGUGGUUUGGCAGCCUGUGAUGCCAGCUAAACCGCAUCCCAUGACUACGCACUCGCGACACGUCGACGAUGAGCAGAUCACCUCGUUCAUCAAGCAUGGUAAGCAUUUGCGCAAGAUCCUGCUUCCUGUCUUUGAAGACCUGCAGUUCCGCGUGACCUUUCGUCUUUUGCCAUUGCGCGCUCGAUUUUGGUUUUUUAUCGCUUCGAACCCGCGUAUUCAUGAUGUCCCCCUUCUUUCGUACGAGGCCGACAUGGUUGGACAUUGUUUUGGCGAAAAAAUGCGCUUGCGCGGUCAGUGGAAAUUUCAUAUGGGCGCCAUUCACGAUAUCUGGGAUGCUCUUCGUACGGCGGCUCUUCACUUUAUCUGGAAAGACCGCAAUCGAUGCUUGUUUGAUAGACGGUUGCCUACGCCGGAACUCCCUGCAUUGUCGGCCAUCUUCACGACUUUGGAGGCGCACAUCCGGUUUUUUUCACGACAUAUUUACGAGCGAGACCAGUUGUCGGCCUUGUUUAUGAUCGUGCGCGUGAUGAAAACUUACUCUUUACCCGGACUCUUUACGCAUAUGGACACUGAAUUUACGGCCGACUUUCACGGUUGCAAGUGGCUCGAGCGGGAAGGUAUGGCGGUACCAUCCCAGAGGUCACUGGUUCGAUCCCCGGCAGGGACGGAAGUUAAGCCUUAG